UAAACCCGGAAGCGCCAGCGGUCGAAGAUGAGACAGCAGUUUUUAGACCGAAACAGCAACAAGUCCAAAGUAAGUACAGCGCUGAACGCUCUGACAGGAGAGCUUUUCAUCAAAGGCCAGACUGAAAAGGCACAUCUGGACUUUACUUUGGAAUAUAUGAACGGUCUGUGCCGCCCUCAGGUCUUCAGGGAGGCUGUUCCACAAACCAGAACCAGAACCAGAGGACGUAAGGGUUCUAGAAGGCUUAAAGGGUCAAAGCAAGUCAGACAAAUACUGAAUGAAGUCCAGAAGAUGAGUGGUUGUGUGGAGGAAGACAAGGACACAGCAGAGUCUCCAGGACCCAGCUGUCUUUCUGUGAAGAGUAACGAAUCCAGACUUGAACCUCUGGACUUCAGUAAUGGACCUGGAGCCUCAGACACAAAAGGUCAGAACCAGAGACGGAGAGCAGAGUCUCCAGAACCCAGCUGUCUGUCUGUGAAGAGUCAUGAGUCUAUGGAACCACCUCUAUUCUUCAGUCAUAAACCUGGAGCCUCAGAAACAAAACAUAAGUUUGCCAUUUCUGUGGACGAGCACAUGUCCUGCUGUCCUCUGUGUCAGGACGUCCUGAAGGAUCCCGUCUCCACCAGCUGUGGUCAUCCGUUCUGCAGACACUGCAUCUCCUCAUACUGGGACCAGUCUGGUCCACCAGGUGACUCCUGCUGUCCCCAGUGUGGACAAAGACCCAGGACAGGAUGUGGACCACAGACCAUCAGUGUGCAAACAGAUGGUCUGCAGGAGGUUCUAGAUGAACAUAAGAUCAGUUCAGUCAGGAGAUUUGAACAUGUGAUUGAAGGAACUGAUGGAAGAGGAAGAAGAACCCUCCUGAACAGGAUCUUCACUGAGCUCUACAUCACAGAGGGACAGAGUGAAGCGGUCAAUACUCAACAUGAGGUGAUGCAGCUGGAGACGACCUCCAAGAAGAAGAUGGUCCAGGACACUCCCAUCAAGUGCUGUGACAUCUUUAAAGCCUUACCUGACCAGCAGGGGAGCAUCAGAGUCGUCCUGACCAACGGCGUCGCUGGUGUUGGAAAAACCUUCUCGGUGCAGAAGUUCACUCUGGACUGGGCCCAGGGUUUGGAAAACCAGGAUGUGAAUCUGCUGAUUCUGCUUUCGUUCAGGGAACUGAACCUGAUCAGAGAUCAGCAGCACAGUCUUCUCACGCUGCUCCAUGUUUUCCAUCCAACAUUAGAGAAGGUCAGCGCAGAGAAGCUUGCUGUCUGUAAACCUUUGUUCAUCCUUGACGGCCUGGAUGAAAGCAGACUCUCACUGGACUUCAACAGCAGGACACCAGUUUCUGACGUCACACACAGGUCAUCAGUCAACGUGCUGCUGACCAACCUCAUCCAGGGGAAUCUGCUUCCCUCGGCUCUCAUCUGGAUAACUUCUCGACCUGCAGCAGCCAAUCAGAUCCCUCCUCCAUGUGUUGACAGGCUAACAGAAGUACGAGGCUUCACUGACGACCAGAUGGACGAGUACUUCAGGAAGAGAUCCAGAACUGAAGAUCUGUCCAGCAGAAUCAUCUCACACAUCAAGACGUCCAGGAGCCUCCACAUCAUGUGUCAAAUCCCAGUCUUCUGCUGGAUCAGUGCUACAGUUCUGGAUUACAUGUUGACCACAGAGCAGAGAGGAGAGCUGCCCAAGACCCUGACAGACCUGUACUCACACUUCCUGCUGGUUCAGACAAAUAAGAAGAAGAACAAGUACGAUAAAGUACGUGAGACGAGUCCACAGGAGCUGAUGGAGACUGACAGGGACGUUCUUCUGAAGCUUGGGAGGCUGGCCUUUGAACAUCUGCAGAAAGGAGACAUCAUGUUCUACCAAGAAGACCUGGACCGGUGUGGUCUUGAUGUGAUUGAGGCUUCGGUGUACUCAGGAGUUUGUACAGAGAUCUUCAGAAGUGAGAGUGUGAUCUUCCAGAGAACAGUCUACUGCUUUGUUCAUCUGAGCAUACAGGAGUUUCUGGCUGCAGUCUACAUGUUUCACUGUUUCACCAACAGGAAGACAGAGGUACUGCAGGACUUCUUCAGAAAAAAAGGUGGUGGUGGUUACACUUCUAUGGAUGUGUUCCUGCAAGCAGUCAUGAAGAAAUCACUUCAAAGUAAAAAUGGUCACCUGGACCUGUUUGUGCGCUUCCUUCAUGGACUUCUGAAGUCCAACCAGAGACUCUUAGGAGGUCUGCUGGGUCAGACUCAGAACAGUCCAAAAAUCAUCCAGAGAGUCAUCGAGAACCUGAAGAAGAUGAACGCUUACAACAUCUCACCUGACAGAAGCAUCAACAUCUUCCACUGUCUGACGGAGAUGAACGACCAAUCAGUGCAUCAGGAGAUUCAAGAGUUCAUGAAGUCAGAGAACAGAGAACAGGAACUCUCUGAGAUCCACUGCUCAGCUCUGGCCUACAUACUGCAGAUGUCUGAGGAGGUUCUGGAUGAGUUGGACGUGAACAACUACAGAACAUCAUCAGAUGAGGGAAAAGUCAGACUGAUUCCAGCUCUGAGGAACUGCAGGAAGGCUGAGUUUAGUCGCUGCAGUUUUUCCGAGGUCAGCUGUUCUUCUCUGGCCUCAGUUCUGAGGUCCAGCUCCUCCCACCUGAGAGAACUGGACCUGAGCUGCAACAAGGAUCUGCAGGAUUCAGGAGUGAAGCUGCUGUGUUCUGGACUGGAGAGUCCACAUUGUGGACUGGAGACACUGAGGUUGAGUCACUGCAGAUUGUCAGAGAUCAGCUGUUCUUCUCUGGUCUCAGUUCUGAAGUCCAGCUCCUCCCACCUGAGAGAACUGGACCUGGGUCAGAACAAUCUGCAGGAUUCAGGAGUGAAGCUGCUGUGUUCUGGACUGGAGAGUGCACAUUGUGGAGUGAAGACUCUGAGGUUGAGUGACUGCAGAUUGUCAGAGAUCAGCUGUUCUUCUCUGGUCUCAGUUCUGAAGUCCAACUCCUCCCACCUGAGAGAACUGGACCUGAGCUGGAACCAGGAUCUGCAAGAUUCAGGAGUGAAGCUGCUGUGUUCUGGACUGGAGAGUCCACAUUGUGGACUGGAAACUCUGAAGUUGAGUCACUGCAGUUUGUCAGAGAUCAGCUGUUCUUCUCUGGUCUCAGUUCUGAAGUCCAGCUCCUCCCACCUGAGAGAACUGGACCUGAGUCAGAACAGUCUGAAGGAUUCAGGAGUGAAGCUGCUGUGUUCUGGACUGGAGAGUCCACAUUGUGGACUGGAGACUCUGAGGUUGAGUGACUGCAGUUUGUCAGAGAUCAGCUGUUCUUCUCUGGCCUCAGUUCUGAAGUCCAGCUCCUCCCACCUUAGAGAACUGGACCUGAGUGAGAACCAGGAUCUGCAGGAUUCAGGAGUGAAGCUGCUGUGUUCUGGACUGGAGAGUCCACAUUGUGGACUGGAGACUCUGAGUUUGAGUCUCUGCAGAUUGUCAGAGAUCAGCUGUUCUUCUCUGGCCUCAGCUCUGAAGUCCAGCUCCUCCCACCUGAGAGAACUGGACUUGAGUAAGAACCAGCUGCAGGAUUCAGGAGUGAAGCCUCUGUCUGAUCUUGUGCAGAGUCCAGACUACAGACUGGACACUCUGAGGUGGAAGUGGUUGUAAUCUUCAUGAAGAGGAUCUUCAGUCUGAGUCCUGCUCCGUGAUGCAGCUUCAGCAGAUCUGGCACAAGGUUUUUCUGUGGCCACGACACUGUGACAUCACUUAACAUGGUCAUCUCGGUCCUGUCGGAAACUGGUUGUCAAA